AUGGAAAAAAUGCAAAAGUCGAAAAGAAGCUCUUUGAACCGUCCAUCUAGUGGUCUCUUGGACUCGGAAUUCUACAUGGGUUUUCGUUCGGAUCUUGAAAACGAAUCUGUCUCGCCAUCCUACAAAAUACGUUUAUAUGCUUUGUUCAGGCAAAUCGAGAAAGAGUUUGACUCACUAUACCAGGAAAAUCAGAACUUACAUGAUAAAAUCGAAAUAUUGAACGAAAAACUAGAAAGAGAUACCUUUGAUAAGCAAGACUGUGUUGACUUUGACACAAAUUUGUCCAAAGUACUAACUAAAAAAUUGAGUUCAUCCUCCCAGAAAAACAAAACAGCACACAAACUAAAAGCACAGACCAGCAAAAUAGUCUCUAGCUUCAAAGCCCCUCAGUUUUCCUGUGGGCUCAUCCGUGAGUACAUAGGACACAAAGAUGGAAUUUGGGAGGUAUCUGUUGCUAGACCCACUGUACCUGUUAUUGGUACUGCAUCUGCAGAUCACACUGCAUGUUUAUGGAGUAUAGAAAACUCAAAAUGUCUCUUACAGUAUCAAGGACAUUCUGGAUCAGUGAAUUCCAUAAGAUUCCACCCUUCAAAAGAUUUGGUGUUGACUGGUGGGGGGGAUUCUACAGCACACAUUUGGCAGGCUGCAUUGAAUUGGGAUAUACCAAAGGGACAAUCUUCUGAGGAAGAACUAGAAGGCGAGGAACCAGAUGAAAAGACCGAGACUAACAAAAUAUCCACCCUGCGAACCCCAUUUCUAGAGUUGUCAGGCCACACGGGGGCAGUUUCUGCCGCCGAAUGGCUAGCUGGGGCUGAUCAAGUCAUCACAGCCUCUUGGGAUAGGUUGGCAGUCUUGCAUGAUGUUGAAACUGGGUCUAUAGUCACAACUUUGACAGGGCACGAUCAAGAAUUGAACCACACGGCUACUCAUCCGUCUCAGAAACUUGCAGUAACCUCAUCUAGAGACACCACAUUCAGGCUGUGGGAUUUCAGGGAGACAGUUCAUUCAGUUUCAGUUUUUCAGGGGCAUGCAGAGAGCGUGACGUCAGCGGUGUUCACGCGCGAAGACAAAGUCGUCUCCGGUUCCGAUGACCGCAGCGUCAAAGUGUGGGACUUGCGCAACAUGCGAUCGCCCGUCGCCACCAUCAGGGUGGACUCGGCCGUCAACCGGUUGAGCGUGUCCAGUAACGGGGUGAUUGCUAUACCGCACGACAACCGACACAUCAGACUUUUCGACCUGGCGGGCCAGCGGCUGGCCAGACUGCCUCGGUCCACCAGACAAGGCCACGCCAGGAUGGUGGCAGGGGUGGCGUGGAGCGACGAGGGCACUUUCGGGGUGAAUUUGUUCACCGCCGGCUUCGAUAGGCGGGUGCUGGGGUGGUCAGUGCUGUCCAUGAAGGAUUGAACGGGGGCGGUUGUUUUG